UGCAGUGGCGGCAUGUUUGUCAACAGAAGAUUGUUGAUCGAUAUUUUAACAUUUUGAUGCGUUACUAAUGGAUCUGCAGAGACAUUUGGACACUUCCGGGACUCCGUCGUCGAUAUUAUUAAAACCACAUCGCCCCACUUGAUACAGCCACCACUGCCAUCAUGCCCGGUGAGGAUAAACCACCACAACAGACUCGCCAGAGGAAAAAAAACAAAAAAUCCCGCUCCAAGGGAAAAAGCCCGGGUGGGAGUCCUGGUGCCCAUCUGGGAAGCUCCAUAGAUGGCCAAGAUGACCUCCUCUUACCCCCAGUGCUCCAGCCUCCUCCCAAAAAGCUGGUGGAGGAAAAGCCGAAAGUGUCUGUUGCCAAAGUGGAGGAGGAGUCUUCCAUUGCUAUCUGUCUUCAGGUGCUUUUUCCCUACCUACUGGCCGGGAUGGGCAUGGUGAUGGCCGGCAUGGUGCUGGACGGUGUACAGACAGCCCUGCCUCUUUCUUUGCUACGUCACAGCAGAGCAGAGCAGAGGGAGCAGGACUACCCUGAUGCUGACAGAGGAGGAGAGAAGCACUCCAGCUUGCCAGAAGCCGGCUGCUGCAUCUUCAUGGUGGUGACUCGUCUGGAGCUGGAGCUGCGCUACCAGGGCAGGAAGUUACGUGGUGUGACGUGGAAAUUGACUCGAUCGGAACAUGGCUUCCUACCAGAGAGCUCCUGGCUCAUUGCUGCCCAGGUUAUAGUGCCAUACCUGGUGUCAGGACUCGGAAUGGUCUCCGCUGGUAUUGUUAUGGACCUUAUACAAGCCAACACAGGCCAAAUGGAUGACCCUGAUAAACAAUGGACCAUGGUGUGCAGCAAUCUGGCACUGAUACAGGUUCAGGCAACCGUGGUGGGUUUCCUCGCAGCAGUGGCAGCCGUAUGCUUGGGGUCAAUAUCUAGAGGGGGUGUUGAACUGGACCAGGCAGCUGUUCUCUGUGCCAGCAGCAUCACCACUGCCUUUUUAGCUGCUCUUUCUUUAGGUUUGGUUAUGAUUGGAGUGAUCAUCGGCUCCAGGAAGGUGGGGAUCAACCCUGACAAUGUGGCCACCCCCAUCGCUGCCAGUCUGGGUGAUUUGAUCACCCUGUCCCUGCUGGCCGGGGUCAGCAGCACACUCUAUGAAUAUAUAGAUAUAUGGUACCUGUCCCCCCUGGUGUGUCUGGUCUUUCUGGCUCUGAUCCCAGUGUGGGUGGUGGUAGCCCGACAGAGCCCUCAGAUCAGGGAGGUUCUCCGCUCAGGGUGGCAGCCUGUUAUAGUAGCCAUGUCCAUUAGCAGUUUCGGAGGCCUUAUCCUGGACAAGACAGUGAGUGAUCCCAACUUUAAGGGCAUGGCUGUCUUUACGCCCGUCAUUAAUGGAGUGGGUGGUAACUUGGUGGCCAUUCAGGCCAGUAGGAUCUCAACCUACCUGCACUUCUGGAGCAUCCCAGGGGUGCUGCCCUACAAGAUGAGGCAGCACUGGCCCAAUCCCUGCAUCACCUUCUUCUCCUCAGGGGUGAACUCCAAGUCAGCACGAGUGCUUCUGCUGCUAGUUAUUCCUGGUCACCUGGUCUUCCUCUACGCCAUCUCUCUGCUGCAGGGAGACGAGGCACCUAUCACUGUAGCCUUCACCAUCUGCUACCUGUGUGCUGCUCUCUUACAGGUGGCCAUCCUCCUUUACUUUGCCGACCUCAUCAUUCGUGUGAUGUGGAGACGGAGUCUGGACCCUGACAACUUCUCCAUCCCCUACCUGACUGCACUGGGUGACCUGCUGGGCACAGGCUUUCUGGCCCUCUGCUUCCGUGGUGUCUCACUGGUUCAGAGCCUGGGUCUCUGAAUGCUUCCCCUUUCACCCCUGAACUCUUAGCCAGCCACUUUCAUGUUGCACCAACUUUGUUGCGUUUACACAGAGAUGCUUUCAAUUGGACAGUAACGUAUUUUCUGAUGGUUAUUACUGGGUCAGUUCAUAGCGACGAAUCUGUCUUUGUCACAAACUUAAACCUUAGAUGAGCAGGCACAGGUGGCACCCAACCCAUUUACACCCAUCCAUCUCGGUAAAGGAUUUUCUGCAUUAACACGUCCAGCCAGUAUCAAUCUUUUGUAGAAAAAAAAACCAGACCUUGAAGUAGGUAGAAGUGUUAUUUCUCCAUUGAAUUUUUUUUUGUAUUCAUUCCUCUAUAUCUGUCUUCAAGUUUUUCCGCAUUAACUUAGUGUGAGUUUGGUGGUUUAAUGCUAACCAUUUCUCUCAGCAUAGCUUUUUGACUUCUUUAGAGGAAUAUGUAGCAACUUUACAUCAUAGCAGCAAGACUGAACAAAUGGUCAGUUUGAAUGUAGAUAUAUCAAACAGACUUGAAACCAGUCCAUGUUUGGGUGGGCUGUACUAUGCAUCAAUGCAGGAGAUUGUGGAGGUUGACGUAUGUAGUACAUUAACUGGAAUUUUCAUGGAUAUAUUUCCAACAUAUGUUUUAUGAAAUUAAUUUAGAAUGAAUUGGAUGGAUUAAGUUUUCAUGAUUGUCAGGUCACUCACCAGUAACACACAGGAAAAUGUUUCAUCUUUGCAUGAAAAGACCUGAUGCUCCCUUAUUAUCCAUAUGAUGUACUUUAUGUGCAGUCUCUUCUCAAUGUUUUCUGCUAAUUUAUUUUCUAGGUAAUGUGUCAGUGGCAAACAGAAAGAAUGGGCUAAUCGGUAUUUUGGUGGCCAGAGGCAAAGGCAUGGCUGCACAGUGGAAAGAGUAAUAUCAGGAGGAAGAUACUAUCAGUAGAUGUGGCGGGAGUCAUGAGGGAUGGAAUCACCUCUGUUCUGAUGAUGUUGUGAUGCAGAGAACAUUGUAAAAUGGACCCACCUGCUCGAAACACUUCCUUAAUGUGGAAACUGUCAUGAGAUGGUAAACUGCACCUGACAGUUAUAUGACUGAGACUUGUUUGGUAGCUGUGUUAGUUGGAGAACCAUUAACCAAUGUUUUAGCAAAGCAGAACUGACACAAAAAUUGUAGGAGGGAGGAUAUCCACCAGCAAGUUCUUGACAGCUAUAAAUUCUGUAUUUGCAUCUGGAAUCCCUACUGUGAAGGCACCUUCUGGCAUGAGUGGAAUUAAAAUUAAAAUCCGUUAGUAUCCUAGUUAGUUGUGACAUUUUAGGACAUACAGUAGCCUAAACUUAUUCCAGCUUUUGCUAAGAGUUAAAUGUACCAGUCUCAUUUCUGUAAAUCAAAUACAUAGCCACUUCUAGUAGCCGGCUAACAUGGCUUAGCACAAAGACUGGAAUCAGUGAAAAAACUAGCCUGGCUCUGUCUGAAGGUAACAAAAUCAGCCUACCAGCACUUCAAAAAAUCACUUGCAAAGACGAUCAUUUUUAGCCAUUUUGUGGGGUCGUGUGCAGAACACUUAUUCAGCAAGGAACUUAUUUUUUGUAUGAAUGAAAGAAAGAGAUAUAACUUGUUUAUUAGAGAGCUUUAUAGGUGCUUUUGGCAGAUCUUGGCCUGAUUUGGACAAAGCUAGGCUAACGGUUUUCUGCAUUUCUUUUCUUAACGCUAAGCUAAAUUAGCUGGCUGCUGGCAAGUAGCUUCAUACUAAGUUUAUAAAUGCGUACAAUAAUGCAAAUAAGCACAUUUUCCAAAAUGUCAGACUUCCCCUUUGAGGUCUGGAAUAGGAUCUGUUCGUGUGCAAAUCAGUAAAACCAUAACAUCAGUUCUUGAAAGCAUUGCAGCUGCUUAUUCCAUUGCACUUGUUCCAUUUUGAAGUCAGUUUCACCAAAAUACCAAAGAGGUGAAAGAAGGACGUAUUUGUGUCCUCAGAAAAUGCCACAUCUAUAAGUAAAUACCCACAUCACAAAAACUUCAGAAUGUCUAACAAGAAGCUGACAUAUUGCUUUUUGUUGCACAUACAAUAGGUACAAUGUGACUGUGGCACAAGCAACAGCCCUGCAAUGGCAGAGUAAAGCUACUAGAGUAGCAGUGAAGUUAAAGGGGACCUAUUAUGUUUUUUUCUUUUUUUCUGUCAUAUCCAUAUAAAGUCAAAUAUCCCUGUGAGAGAGACCAUUCUGAAACCUCUGUUUUCAGCAAUUUUUACUAUCUUUGGAGACAAGCUGACUACUUCUAAUGACAGAUUUUUCUGUAAGGUCAUCUGCUCUAGGUACGCUCCUGCAAAUGUUUACAUCACAUAGCCUACACUGCUACAUGUAGCUACAUGCUUCUGUCAGGGAAACAUGGUAUCUUGAUUGCUGAUGUUAUUAAAUCUCAUCCAUUUUGGGUCAUAUUCUUGCUGGAA